CCUUCAAGAAGUUCCAUCUUAACUUGGACUACAACUUCAAGAACCCGUCGGUCUCUAUCAACGACCUUUAUACGCGGCAGCGCACAGUUGAAUCGCACGAGGAGCCACAGGACCAAAACAGCCCCCCAUAGUAUUUCAAGAUACCGUUGGCUAUCUUGCAAGGUCUCGUUUAAACUGUAAGUUUCAUAUCUUAUCCUUGAAUUACACCUCUCCACGUACUUGCCAGAAUAUCGCAGACACAGUUUCUAACACAAAUCUACGCAGUACAGCCAGAUCACCACAUACAUCAUGGUUCGUGCUUCACAGGCGACUACCUUCUCAUCUUCUGCCUACUUCGACGAUCGGGGGCCGCACGGUACUGCUCAGCCGAUAACUGAGCAUGUCAAUCCGCAUUCUCGUCCAAUAGUUUCUUAUUUUUUCCCAAAAGGCGUCGGCGAACAUCAUUAUGGGGAACGCCAUCCGAUGAAACCACAUAGACUGACCUUGACCAACGCCCUGGUCAUGGGCUAUGGUCUUGACAAGCAAAUACAUCACAUAUAUAAUCCCCGUCCAGCUACUCAAGCCGAGUUAGAGAUGUACCACGACCACGACUACGUUGACUUUCUUUCACGCGUGACGCCAAAUAACCAGAACGAAAUGCGGCAUCUUAUCGACACGUUCAACUGUGUUGAAGACUGCCCAAUAUUUUCUGAAAUGUAUGAUUUUUGUCGUAUGUAUGCUGGUGCUUCCCUUGCAGGCGCAAGGAAGCUUACGGCGGGUGCUUGCGAUACUGCAAUUAAUUGGUCGGGCGGGCUUCAUCAUGCCAAGCGUGGAGAAGCAAGUGGUUUCUGUUACGUCAACGAUAUUGUUCUGGCAAUUCUUGAACUUCUGAGAUAUCAUCCCAGAGUCCUCUACAUAGAUAUCGACAUCCAUCACGGGGACGGCGUUGAGCUCGCGUUUUAUCAUUCGAAUCGUGUUAUGACGGUAUCCUUCCACAAAUACACCGGCGAUUUCUUCCCUGGGACGGGUAAGCUCGACGAUAACGGUGCAAGCUUGGGCAAGCACUUUUGCCUGAAUGUGCCUUUACAAGAUGGGAUCGAUGAUGAUAUGUACUUGACAAUAUUCAAAACUGUCAUUGAAGACACUGUCACGGCUUUCCGCCCGACAUCUAUCGUCUUGCAGUGCGGAGCAGACUCGUUAGGAUGUGACCGACUUGGGGCAUUUAAUCUAUCCAUUGCAGCUCAUGGCGAAUGUGUGAACUUUGUUAGGAAGUUCAAUGUACCGCUGCUCGUAUUAGGAGGAGGAGGCUACACUAUCAAAAAUGUCAGCCGCUGUUGGACAUAUGAAACUGCCGUUCUCGUCGGGGCGACAAUACCCGACGAGCUUCCAGCCACAGUUUAUGACCCAUUCUUCCGCGACUCGCAGUGGAAGCUUCAUCCUCCCCUCACAGGACGCGUCGAGAACCAAAACUCCCCUGUAUCAUUGCAACGAAUCACCAUUAGCAUUCGGAACAAGCUUCGGUAUUUGCAGGGUGCACCAAGUGUCGCCAUGCAGGAAAUACCGCCUGACCUAGAAGGUUGGCUUGCCGAUGAAGAAAGGAAACAGGAUGAGAUUGAUGAGGAGAGGGGGACCGCGCUCGCUGGAGAGCGAAGAAUUGACCGGUCGAUGGCACGCAAUGAGUUCUUUGAGGGGGAUAACGAUGUGGAUCAGGACGAGGGCCCUGUAUCUGCUGGUGUGAAGAGGACCGUCAGCGCGAGAAAGCCUCGUGCGUCAGGAAAGCGGGGAAGGGGAAAGGCAAGAGCGAGGCCGAGUGCCAGUGCGAAAGAGGACGGGGAGGAGACAGAAGAAACACCAGUCGCGGCGGCCCCUCGCUCCACGAAGCCAAGGAGAACGGCCAAACCCCGAGCCCGAGCCCGCGCAAAACCUGCAGAGAAGGAUAAAGACCUUCCGGAUGCAGAUUUCGAAGCUGCUGCUGAUGCAGAGACUGACGCACCGACUCCAGUGGAUUUGGAGAUUGACAUAUAG